GUGUACGAGUAAACCUUCGACCGAGCUCUCACCCUGGUUUGAUCACAGUAGCAAAAAGUGAAAAGAGUCAUGUCGGAUACGAAACCAGAGAGCUUUGACGACAUCAGCGCCAGCUUCUCCGGUCAUCUCAAAUCUCAUGGAAACCUGACUGCGGUCAUCAAGUCUGUAGACAUGUCCGAGGAAAUGCAGCAGGAUGCUGUGCGGACAGCUCUUCAAGCCAUCGAGAAGUUCCCCGUCGAAAAGGAUAUCGCUACGUUCAUUAAGCGAGAAUUCGACAAACGGUAUUCCCCUACUUGGCAUUGUAUUGUUGGCCGUAACUUUGGCUCUUUUGUUACACAUGAGUCGCGGCAUUUCAUCUAUUUCUACUUAGGGAACAUUGCAUUCCUCCUCUUCAAGUCUGGUUAACUUAAUGGGAAGGAAGUAGCAAUACGCCUGUGGAACAAGUGCCAGACCAGGACCAGAAAACCACACACACAUCUAACUACAAGGAUGCUGCACUAAACGACCGCACCAGUGCAAAGAAAAAAAAUUAAACUUGCCAAAAAGGCUAGAAGAUAGGCUCGCUCACUCUGCU